GGGGGCUCCAGGGGAGAGGAAGAGCCAGGCCACCUCCACUGCGCUUGCCAGCGGCACAGACCGGGUCCCCAGGCGUUUGAGGCUUUUGGAGGAGCUCCGGGUGGCGCCCCCUGCCCCGGCCCUCGCUGACUUCGGGUUUGGCGCAGGUGGGCAGAGCAGGGCACCGCGAUCUUUCCGUUCCCACAGAGGGAUUUCUCUCCCUCUCUGUGAGGGGGAGGGGCCAUCCUGAAAAUAUGUAAAUAUCCAAGCGCUGGCUCCAGGCUGUGGCGCCUGCCAAGGUCCCAGCGCCGCCGCAGGGUGUUUCACAAGAAAAGGAGAAGCCUGCCGGGAUCUGUGCUCUAACGAGAGGCAGCUUGGUGAUUAGCGAGCCUGGGCGGCUGCCCUGCUUCCUGCCCUUCAAUAGCCGUUCUGCGCGCUGGCUACCAGGCGGCUGUGCCAGCGUGCGGUGUCGAUCGACCGUCAGGCUCCGCAUCCUUGGCAGCCAUGGCUCCCGUCGCCGCCUCGGCCAGUAAGUAGGAGCAUGCAUGUGCAGGGGGCACAUGCGUGUCGGGGCACACAUGCGCGCGCGCGCACUCAUACACGCGCGCGCGCAGGCACGCACACCACCUUAAGCCUGGGAAGGAGCAAGAUUGACUAGACGCUGCAGCCGCGAGGACGACUCCCGCUCCUCCGAUCUGGCAGAGCCCGCCCGCCGCAGCUGCUGUCUGCAGAGCUUGCUCGGAUCCCUGCGCACACGCGUCCCCCAUUCCUGCCUCUGUAAUGAAGACUGCCUCCCAAGGACUGCGGGGGAGGCAGAGCCCGCCUGCGCCCGGGACUGCGGGCCGCGCGGCUGGUAGGCCCAGGGGGACACGACUUGGACACUGUCAUCCCCACGCCUUGCGCUGAGCCGCCCCUCCGGCUUCCCGGGUGCCCGAUCCCGGGUCAGCCCCAGAGGCCUCGGCUUCCUCAUUUGUUUGGGUCUUUUGUGCCGGGGCUCACAGUUGGCUAAGCACUCCUGCGCUGAAUCGGGCCAUUGUCUGCGCUCCCAUUGCUUUCACACUGCAAGUCUCGGCGCCCCCACCCCGCCCUCCCCUCCCCGCCUCCUCCUGGCCGGGGAGCCUCCUAACGUGCCUUUCCCCCCAGGAAUCUGGAAGCUAUAAGCCGGGCGGAUUGCAAAUGAAGUGUAAUGCAUUGUGGGACGUGUGUAAAAUCGGAGCCUUCGCUGUGGGGGGGUGUGGGGGCGUGGGGAGGGCCGGACCCGCCGCUGGCGGUGUAGACGCCGACGACGAGGGGCUGGGAAAAUGCGCGCAGAGUGCGCCCAGGUCGUGCCCACCGUAGACGGAUGAAGCCGCGCACUGCGCCCCGGCGCUGAGGCCCGAGGAUCCGGGCAGCAGGUCGCCCUCCCCACCAUGAAGAAGACCCGGAGCACAACCUUGCGGCGAGCCUGGCCUAGCUCGGAUUUUUCGGACCGGGCCUCGGACCGCAUGAGGUCCCGCAGCGAGAAGGACUACCGCCUGCACAAACGCUUCCCCGCGGCCUUCGCGCCCCAGGCUUCGCGGGGCUACAUGACAUCAGGUGAUGUAUCACCGAUCAGUAUGUCUCCCAUCAGUCAGUCUCAAUUUAUUCCACUCGGGGAGAUCCUCUGCUUGGCCAUCUCGGCAAUGAACUCGGCACGAAAACCUGUCACCCAAGAGGCACUGAUGGAGCACCUGACCACGUGCUUCCCAGGUGUUCCCACCCCAAGCCAAGAAAUUCUGCGGCACACGCUGAACACGCUGGUACGGGAGAGGAAGAUCUACCCAACCCCAGAUGGCUAUUUCAUCGUGACCCCGCAGACUUAUUUCAUAACUCCUUCCCUCAUAAGAACUAACAGUAAGUGGUACCAUUUGGACGAGAGGAUACCUGACCGGUCUCAGUGUACCUCCCCACAACCCGGAACCAUUACGCCCUCUGCGUCGGGCUGCGUCAGGGAAAGGACAUUACCCAGAAACCACUGCGACUCUUGCCACUGCUGCAGAGAAGACAUGCACAGCAUGCAUGCGUCGACUCUGCAGAGGAAACCUGCCAAGGACUGCAAAGACCCUUACUGCCCUCCUUCACUCUGCCAGGUGCCACCCACCGAAAAGAGCAAAAGUACUGUAAAUUUUUCUUACAAGACAGAAACUCUCUCCAAACCUAAAGAUAGUGAAAAGCAGUCUAAAAAGUUUGGGCUCAAGUUAUUCCGGCUAAGUUUUAAAAAAGACAAGACCAAACAGCUAGCCAAUUUCUCUGCCCAGUUUCCUCCCGAGGAGUGGCCGCUGCGAGACGAGGACACGCCGACGACCAUCCCUCGGGAGGUGGAAAUGGAAAUCAUUCGGCGUAUCAACCCGGACUUGACCGUGGAAAACGUCAUGAGGCACACUGCACUAAUGAAGAAGCUUGAAGAGGAAAAAGCACAUAGGAGUAAAGCCGGAUCCUCUGCCCAUCACAGCGGAAGAAGUAAAAAGAGUAGGACUCAUCGCAAGUCCCACGGGAAGUCUCGGUCACACAGCAAGACGCGAGUUUCUAAAGGAGACCCGUCGGAAGGUUCCCACCUGGACAUCCCAGGUGACAGAGAGUAUGACUUCUGUGAUCCUCUCACCAGGGCCCCCAGGGAGGGCUGCUUCAUCAUUGAACACAAAGGAGAGAACUUCAUUAUGCACAGCAACGCCAACGUGAUCGAGCCUCAUUUCCCCAUGACGCCAGAAUGGGAUGUGUCGGGGGAACUGGCCAAAAGGAGAACUGAGAUGCCUUUUCCUGAACCUUCCAGGGGAAGCUCCCACUCAAAAGUGCACCGAAGCCACAGCCAUACCCAGGACCGGCGGUCCAGGAAUGAAAGGUCCAACAAAGCCAAGGAGCGGUCCAGGUCCAUGGACAACUCCAAAGGCCCUCUGGGCGCCUCUUCUCUGGGGACGCCAGAUGACCUGGCCGAAGGCUGCAGCCAGGAUGACCAGACGCCUAUCCAGUCCUACAUCGACGACAGUACCCUGAGGCCUGCACAGACCUCCGGUCAUCAAAGGGCUCACAUUUUGUCCACAAGCUAUAAAGAGGUAUGUAUUCCAGAAAAAGUUGGUGGCAGCAAGGAACCAUCCAGCGCUUGUAGCCUCUUGGAGCCAGGCAAACCACCCGAGAGUUUGCCAUCCUAUGGUGAACUCAACUCUUGUCCGACAAAAACAGCCACGGAUGACUAUUUCCAGUGCAACACCUCCAGCGAGACAGUGCUCACGGCUCCGUCACCUCUGGGAAAGAAUAAAGAGGACCAUGACACUCUAGCCCUGGCUGAAGGGGUGAAAAAGCUGCCUCUUUCUGAUAGGCCAGCCCCACAUUCCUCCAGGGAGCCCGUGGGGCACAAGGAGGAGUCGCCAAAAGGGCCUGGUGGGGGCCCAGCUGCUCCCGGUGCAACGGCGGAAGGGAUCGCCAAUGGACGCCUCAUCCAGCAUCACGGCGCCGAGCCCAGCAGCCUGGACAAGAGGAAAGAGAUAUUCAGCAAAGACACACUCUUCAAACCUCUUCACAGCACCUUGUCUGUCAACAGCUAUCACAAGUCCAGCCUGUCCCUCCUCAAAUCUCACCCGAAGUCACCUGCCGACGCACUGCCAGGUCGAUGCGAGAAGCUAGAGCCAUCACCCCUGGGGACCUCGGGGGCACAAGUCCUACCAGCCCUCCAGCGUCAGCAGGAUUCUGGGGGGAACCAGGAAGCCUCAUUUGACUAUUACAACGUCUCCGAUGAUGAUGACUCUGAGGAAGGGGCAAACAAGACCACCGAGGAGGAAAAGAACAGAGAUGAUGUGGGCACCAUGCAGUGGCUCCUUGAGAGGGAGAAGGAAAGAGACUUGCAGAGGAAAUUUGAGAAGAACCUCACCCUUCUAGCCCCAAAAGAAACCGACAGCAGCAGCCACCAGAGAACCACCCAUUCGGCACGCCUGGACAGCAUGGACAGCAGCAGCAUCACUGUGGACAGCGGAUUCAACUCCCCACGCACUCGGGAGAGCCUGGCUUCCAACACGUCGAGCAUUGUUGAAAGUAACCGUCGGCAGAACCCCACCUUGAGCCCGGCCCACGGUGGAGCCGGCCCGGCCUUCAACUUCCGAGCAAGUACGGACCCCCCGACCAGCGACGCUGAGAAGUUACAGAAACCUUCCAACUGCUUGCAAGCUUCCGUGACUAGUGUGUGAGAGUCGUUCUGCCUCUGAUCUGCCUCGUUCGAUGCAGCCAAGUUUACGACACUGGGACUGAUGUUUACAUCUUUGGGAAGACAAGCAUCUCAACCACAGUUUUUGUGUUUACUUAAACUGUGCUGCUAAGUAGGCUAGAGCAAAACACAAAAGUCUUUCUUUCAGAGUAUUGCUUCUCCCAUGUAUGGCUCUGUAGCAACAGAAUAGCAGUAGGGGUGAUGUGUACACUUUUGCUUCACUAAUUGUACCCGAGCACCCAUAGGAACGUCUAGACGCUGUCCGUGUGAUGCGCAUUUUCGAUGUCAUGCAGUUUGCCAGUUCCACGUUUCAACGCCACGUUGAAACUCCCAGUCUGUGGGCAGAUGGUGCCGCAGAACUGAUUCUUGACACUUCCCCAAAAACAUGACGACAACAACAAAACAACACUAAGCCACCACAAAUUGUCCAGUGCAAGGGCCCAUUGUGAGGGACGCCAGUACCACCCUGCUCAGAAGGGACCCCAGCCCUCUGUGUGUGAAGCAUUUAGGCACCUGUCAUUUGUCACUGUGAGUGUGCGUGAAGCGGGUUCGCAGGCACACAGAGAAGUGUGUUGGGCGGGCCGUGAUGGCCGUGCUGGGAGCGUGUGUGUGCCGGAGUUUGUGUUUAAGGUCACAGAUGCUUGUCUGAGUUUGAACCUUCCGUCAUCACCCACAGGAAUAUAGGCCUUUGAUUCUGAAGUAGGUAAAAAGGAAGGGGUCCCCAGCCUGGCUGGGGCGCAGUGCUCAGUGAUGGGAGAGGUAAUGUGGACUUCCAAAAGGUGUUCGUCAAAGAUGUAAGGAAGAGCGUUUCCUCUUUGGGAUACUUAUGAUGAUCCUAGCUUAAGAGAAUAGAUACGAUAAUUAGUUUGUUUAAAAGCAAAAUGUUCUUUGUGAUACAAAUGAAGACUAUGGCCUGGGGAUGUUAUUCUUUCUAAUGGAAGGACAUAAAUCUAUUUUAUGUAGUUUUAAAUAGAAUGCCUAAAUUAGGCUGCGGGAGAUAAUUUUUAGUGGUUAGAGGAAAGAGCAGAUUUAGGGAGAGUUGAACUUCAGGCCUUUUAUUCCUGGGAAGAUAUCUAUAGAGAAAACUUUAACAUAAUUUUUGAUCAGAAAUAGAGAUGUGCCCAUGUAAUUAACCACAGAAUGUGCUCAUUCUGCAAGUGUGGUCCAAUUCUAACCUGUACUCCCCUGAAAUUGACCAGAAUGACACUUAUGCAUCCAUGAACUAUGCCAGAGUAAUGUUUACAGAUACUUUGUAACCAAUUUCAGGAGGCAUUUUUAGGUGGCUGUAUGGUUAUUAGCCCAACUUAUUUCAAAAUGGUUUGUUAACAUUUGGCUUUAGUUUACACUGUCACAUUGAAUACAAAGAAGCCAGUCAGCAGCAAGGGAAUGACGUGUAAGCUUCAGCCUUCUAGGAAAAAGACUUUUCAAAGUCCCCUUUGUUUUAUUUUACGAGGACAGCAGAAUAAAUCAGGAGAGAAUGGAAAAUUAUUUGCAAAAGGGUUACCUAGGACAUGAGCAGAUGGCCUGACCAAGAGUUUAUUUAGUUUAGUGGCGAGUGAUGUUUGGAGCCAUGUACCAUAAAAUAUAGAUCCAAAAAUAAGUCUACAGUGUCUUUUCCUCAGAUUUCAAUCAGUGGCAUAAAAUCUGUGGAACUCCUCUGUCCCCAUAUUAGGUUCAGUCCUGGCGAUCUGUUUAAAGAAUGCAGCCGUAUACAUUUGGUGCCCCCUCGUGCUUUAUCGGACAUUUGGAAGGUGCAUGGGAAACUAGACGUAUUGAGUUCAGGACAGGCUCAUUUUGUGUGCUUAGAGCGAAACCUCAGCCCACUUCUUGGUAAACUCCCUCACCACUAAAAUGCAUAAGUCAGCUGGCGUUCAGUGUCAUGCCUUAUUUCCUCCAAGGCAAUGCUUUGAUUGCUCAGAAAUGCACUGUUUGUCUCACUGCUUAAGUAUGUCCAGAUAUGCUUAAAUACCUCUUAGAUAACAUAUCUGAGAGACUGUAUACAGAGUCUGUUUCCUUGGGGAGUUGUAUACCAUACGGUUACUAAAUUCUUCUGUCUAAAUUCGUUUUUCCCCCCCAAAACCUGCUCUCAAGUGUUUAUCAUGCUAUCAGUUCAUAAAUAAUAUAACCAUUGAAACAAUCCAUCAGCCUCUAGUUGAUCCUCUAAAAGCAGCCAUUAUAAUAAUCAAAUACAGAGUGAACAGGAAAGCAAAGCAUUACCUUUAGAAGCUUUAAAAUAUGAAUUUAUCAAUAUUUCACAAGAAGUAGGUUUACAGAUGUUAUCCCAAUGAAAUGUGUACACGAUUUCCCUGAUGCUAUUGGGCACAUGAUUUGGAAAAAAAAAAAAAAAAGAAUUCCCUUAGACCAGCAGCCAUUAGCAUAGAAAUAAUGGACUUCAAAGAUGAUAGGAUGUAAGCAGACGUUCCAGGUAGAAAUAGCCUCAUCUGAACUAGUUGGGAUUCCUGAGUGGGAAAGGAGAGUGGCAGGAAGCGCAUUAUACACGCCACCCAAGACGGUCUAUGGUGAGGUUGUCAGUGACCAAACCCUCGGGCCACUCCGAACUUCACCAACAUCCUUGUCCUCCAGUGACGGGAGAGCUUUGUGCUCCACGGAUGCUUAGCUAGUCCUUACUUGGCGCGUGUCCCCUGAAAGGUUUACAAAAUUGGGUCUGGAUGAAGCUCCGUGUAGGGUUCAACUUUAAAAGGUCAACCCAUCUGUCAGCAUUUUGCACACUUAUGUAUUAUUAUGAUACAGCAUAUUACUUUAUGGUAAUUUUUAUUUUUACAUAUAACUACCUCCAUAAAUUUGAUGAAGCGGCAGCAGUGCGUUGAAGUGUAUAUUGUUCAGAAAAGCAAAGUUUAAAACUCGCGUGUCAUUAGGCCACGGCGUCCAGUGUGUGUGUCAGUGAUUGUCUGCGUGGACUCAUGACUUCUUCAUGGCCAUGGUUUCCUUUGAUGGCAUUAUCUCACCUUCAGACGCAAACCUGUCUCCCCUCGUGCCCACAGAAGCGCACUUGACUUUGUUAGGAAUGAUAGGAAGUUUUCAUUUCUUGCCUUUCCUUCUCCCCACCCCAGUUCCUGCGGAAAGGUCCCCCUGGUGAAGAGCCAAUUGGUAAACAUAACUUGGAGAGCUGUUGACUUCUGUAAAACUCUGGUUUCAGUUCUAGAUUCUCAUAGCAGAAGACACAUGAGAAAUCUGGACUGCCACCCUUGAAGCACUGUCUUGGGUCCUCUCUGCCACCAUAGCAAACCUACACUUCACUUCGGUGAGCAGAGCUGUGCUGUGUAGUUGUAACUUCUGUUACGUAGUUGGGGUUCCAUUCUGUAUAUGUUGCACAUCUCAGGGGACCUUCAUGGGCAUGUGAAAAGUGGGGGGAGGCUAGCAAAUUGAGAAAAUAAAUCAGAGGGCUGAAAGGGGACUAGCUGGAUAACGAAAACAAACAGUUGCUUCUCUGAUUUUGGGAAGCUCAAGGUCAGGAAGCAGAAAUUGAAAGUUAAUCUGGAAUAACAAUGAUCUGAUCUCCAGCUGUCCCAAACUCCCUUCUCCCCCCACCCCCAACCCAACCAGAGUUUCUAAAACGGGAAUUUCAAUUCUAUUGCAGUCACCUUGGGAACAAAAGAAAAAGAAAAGAAAACAACUCUUCAACGGAAACAAAAGCAUUGUUCCUUUGUUUAGGUUGGCACAGCUUUGCAAAAUUCUACCCAGGAUAAACCACUUACCACCACGAAGUGUACUUGAAAAUAAAGUUUUUAAUUUCAAUGAUAGGCAUAUUACUCACAAUACAAUAGUGAUCAUAUUUGGAAAAGUCACAUUUUUUAUAACAUGGGCAGUAUUUGGAGCUCAGUUAAAAACCUACAAUGACUUUACAAGUUCAUUUCUGGAUCUCAAAGUGCUUCCAAAGCAUUCAGAUUCACAAAUAACCCACCGGGCAGGUCCUAUUUGUAAUACCCAUACUUGAAACGCAUGAACAGAAGGAGUGACAAGAUUACCCAGAACACAGCGGCAGCUAAUCAACAAUCUCUUUUCUAUCUGUUUGAUAGACCAUCGUGAGAAAUCACUCAGUACAAUGCUAUUUUUUUCUGAUGUGUGCUAAUAAAGUCAAAGAAAACAAAUACAACUUUACACCUUUGUCCAUUUUCAUUCAAAAAGUUCAGGGUGUUUGGAAUUUCACACCUCGGUACCCCUCACUGCAUUGAUUUAGGAAGUGGGGGGGGGGCAAAGCGUCCCCUCACGUGCCACGGUGGUCAGAAGUCGAUCUAGACCUGCACCCUGUUUAUGGUUUCACACUGGGCUUUUGUCACCCCUGCGCUAAAACACUGUCUUUCGGGAACAUGGCUGCGCCUGCCGGUGGAAGGUGCUGAAAUGGACAUUUUCAUGAGUAUUCUUCGCAGCACUUCUUAGCGUGACAGAAAUUCAGUACCAUCGUCAGGCCCUGCUCUGAGGAAUCUGGGUUUCCGAGGGGGCUGGUCUAGUUCUAUGUAGUUUCUCAAAUUAGGAGAUAGAAGAUCCUCCAGGGGGACCUUCUCUCUGGCCACAGGCCAGCCAUGGGACCAGCUGGCAGCAUACUGGCAGGUGACAGUGGACCCCAGCAGAAGUGACCCUUUCUUUCCCUCUUCCCCAGCCCUUAGUCCUGUCCUGCCCAUUGUCAAGGCCGCCAGUACCCUUCUGUUCCUCAGUGACUUUCCUGUACAAGGUUAGUGCCAGAGAAGCAGGAAUGUGGGAGAAAUGAAUGCAAAAACCAUGGAAAACAUUGUUAUGCUUUGAGUUAGUGAAAUAUGGGCAGGAAAGAGAUUGCCAUCGGUCUGAUCUUUGCCAAGUAAGAUAAAGGAAAAAGCUGUCACUCCGUUCCUCUUCCAGAAGGGUUUACAGUAUUAAGGAAACAUCCAGGAUUUUCCCAUAGAUUUUUACAUAGGAGGCGUUUCAUAAAUUACAUAUAUCAAAAAGUCAUGAUUAAAUGUGUCCUGGUGUGUUUGAAACGGACAUCAGCAUCUCCCGGGUCGAGUUCCGCACGGUGUCUCUUGCAGCAGCAUCCCAGAUGGGCCCCCAGCGAUGGGCCCCUGACCCAAGACCCUGUGUUUUCACAGUCAUGUUGUCUGUGGCUCACAGUUGCUGAUUUGCAAGGUUCGGAAUUCCACAAGGCUCAAAGGGGGGCUCAGCCUCCUUCUUAUGAUUGUAUAUUAUCAGUUAUUGGGCUUUAAAUUGCUCCUGUUGGCUUCAAAUGUGAACACACACACACACACACACCCACCCACCCAGCCAAUGAGGGAAGGGGCUGCUUCCCAGGUGAGGCAGUGAUGACAGGAAACCCAUGCAAGGCUAGGAGCUUGGCUGGUCCGCAUACCGCUGCCUACCUCCCUGUCCAAAGGUUGACCUUGGCACCCCCGUUCCUUUGCUCCCACCCAAAAGAGGUACCAAAUCUGAGAUCUGAGAUGUCCUCCAAUAUCAGUCCUCUGCAGUUCCAGGAAAUUUACCAUGAACGACACGCUCUGCAGCUCCUCACCUUCCUGCCCUCCAAGUCCUCCCCCUCCUCCCUGUCUCCCCACCUAGAUACCCAUCCACCGCCGUGGUUUCCACGUUGGAAGGGCGAAGUAGUGUGUGGUAUUGUGCACACAGGAUGGGUUAGCCCCAGAGCUAACCUCGGGUCGCCUUCCUGUAAGUACUGACAACUACAAAUUAAGGUCCUUAGAGUAGUUGACAUAGAUACAACUUUCUAGCAGAGAAUUAAAUUUCAGCGUUCAGUUUAAAGGGAUCAUAAUUCUGCAGGUAUCUUCCUCUGAGUGACUGAAUGUGACCAUUGCAUUAGGGGUACAUGAAUUAAGAAGUGCAAGUGGGAUUUACUGUAUGUUAGAACGGAGUUUUGCAGCCAAGACUGCCUUGAAAAAAAAAUGUGUUUGCACUGAAAAAAAAAUUUAAAUUACUUGGUCUCUGGUUGCUGUAAAGGUCAUCCAAGAUGGAUGUUCUGUUUAUAUUGUAUAGUAUUUCAUAUGAAAUAAUUACAGUUCAUGAAAUGUCUUCCCUAAUGUUACUGAUUUAUAACAGCACAUUUGUAACAUGGUUUUUAUCGUGUUGGUGUGCCAUAUUGUAAAUGAUGAUUACUUGUCAUGCUUAGUAUAAUAACUUAAAAGAACAAAAAAGCACAGGGAUUUUUGUAAGUCUAUAUUUGAAAGUCCCUCCAUAUGGUAAUAU